UCUCCUGUUUUGAUAGCUUUCAGAGGCUGUUCACCUCGAGUGACUUUACUUCUUAUCUGACGGUAAAGUGGAUCUCUGCAUGUCCAGGAAAAACAAAUGUGUGUUUCCAAAAUUCCUCUUUAUCGCUCUCCUGGCCCUGCUCAUUUAAUCUUUGUAUAGACUUUAAUACAUGUAAUUUACGGGAAGCUGUUGGUCCUUGGUGGAGAAAUGUCCUAUUGACCCAUUGAUUCUCAGCUCUCUGGAGAUGUGGAAAUGUUAAAUCCACAUCAGAUCCACUUCGCCUGCAUCUCUGUAAAUGAUUCACCCUGAUACGAGUUGUCUGUUCCGCGAUCAACACGUAAACUAUAUAAGAGCUUUUUGAGGCCGAACCCCCUCCAGAACUCGUAAGCUGGCUUUUCUCGUUGAAACCUUCCACUCACUGCUGUCGACAUGGAGAGUCUGCUCCGCGCCGUGGCCGUGCUGGCCGUGCUGUUCUUGGGGUUGUUCCAGCAGGGAGCUGUUGUGGCCGACCGGCCGUACACAUCUCUGCUGACUGUGACAAACGGACAGCAGUGGGGAACAUGGAGUUGGCCCGAGAUGUGUCCUGACCAGUACUUUGCUAUUGGCUUCAGUACCAGGGUGGAGCCCAGCCAGGGCGAUGGCGACGACACGGCCAUGAACGGCAUCCGCCUCAUCUGCGGCAAAGACGGGGACCGGAGGUUAACUUCCACUGUGGAGUCUCACCCUGGCUUCUGGGGCGACUGGUCCCUACCUCAGUACUGCCCCAGUGGCGUGCUCACCUCUUUCCAGCUCCGCGUGGAGGCCCAUCAGGGCAACGGUGACGACACCGCAGCCAACAACAUCAAGUUCCGCUGCAGCAGCAACCCCGUGCUGGAGGGCAAAGGCCUGAACUGGGGGGAUUACGGUGGAUGGAGCCAGAAUUGUGUCAACGGAGGAAUCUGUGGCAUCGAGACCAAGAUGGAGGAACGACAGGGGAGAGGGGACGACACCACCCUCAACGACGUGCGCUUCCGUUGCUGCGACAGAGCCCAGCCGUGAUUGACAGGUGAGCAGCUUGGUCCCCUCACCUGUGAUUGACAGGUGAGCAGUUGGUCCGCCCCUCCUCCCUCACCCUGAAUUAAAAAAAGGACAAAUAAUAAAGUGCUCAUUUGAAUC